CGGAGGCAGAGGGAGGGUCGCUCGGGGCCGGCCGGCAGCGGGUCCUGGUUCGGCUCCGCUCCGGGCCGGACCGGUCGAGACCGCCUCAACAUGGGGACGCCCGGCGCAGGGCGCAAGCGGCUGCCGAACCGGGAGCGCCUGACGGCGGAGGACGAUGCGCUCAACCAGAUCGCCCGCGAGGCUGAAGCGAGACUCGCGGCAAAGCGAGCGGCGCGGGCGGAGGCGCGGGAGAUCCGGAUGAAGGAGCUGGAGAGGCAGCAGAAGGAGAUCUAUCAGGUCCAGAAGAAAUAUUAUGGGCUGGAUACUAAAUGGGGAGACAUCGAGCAAUGGAUGGAGGACAGUGAGCGUUAUUCCCGUAGAGCCCGAAGGAAUGCCUCGGCGUCGGAUGAAGAUGAGCGCGUGUCAGUGGGUAGCCGUGGAAGCCUGAGGUCUCAUUUGGAAUAUUCCAGCACCUACCCAGUGGCUGGAUUAGAGAGUGAGCGGACCAAAAAGAAGAGCUACUCCAAAGCAACCAAUGGUUAUGAGGAAGACGUGUAUGGAUCAUCCCAGAGUAGAAAAUCUAGCAGGGCUUCGUACUACUCUGACCUGGGUCUCCCCAACAGCAGCUAUGCUUCCACAUCUCAACUUUCUUCCCAAAAUGGAAAUUGGCCCUCCCUGCUGUACAGCGAUGCCCUGCCAGCCAGGAGUUACAGGGCGUCUGUGUACGAGGAGAGCGUUUACGGCGGGAGCCGGCGCUAUAGUGCCCCCAGUUCCCGUGCUCCUUCCGAGUACAGCUGCUACCUUGGUUCGGGAUCUCGGGCAUCCUCCAGAGCCAGCUCUGCUCGGGCCAGUCCAGUGAUCGAGGAGAGGCCAGAAAAAGACUUCGAGAAGGGAGCACGAACUGUCUCAAGUUUAUCAGCAGCCACCUUGGCUUCUCUGGGCGGGACUUCUUCACGGAGAGGCAGUGGGGACACGUCCAUCUCGGCCGACACAGAGGCGUCCAUCAGGGAGAUCAAGGACAUCUAUGAGUUAAAGGACCAGAUUCAGGAUGUAGAAGGCAAAUACAUGCAGGGCCUGAAAGAACUGAAGGACUCUCUAGCUGAAGUUGAGGAGAAAUACAAGAAGGCUAUGGUGUCAAAUGCUCAGCUGGACAAUGAGAAAACCAAUUUCAUGUACCAAGUGGACACCCUGAAGGAUGCUCUCUUAGAGUUAGAGGAACAGCUGGCAGAAUCCAGGAGGCAAUAUGAAGAGAAAAGUAAAGAAUUUGAGAGGGAGAAGCACGCUCAUAGCAUAUUGCAGUUCCAGUUCAUGGAAAUCAAAGAGGCUUUGAAGCAGAGAGACGAAAUGCUUGCAGAAAUCCAACAGCUGCAACAGAAACAGCAGAGCUAUGUCAGGGAAAUUUCUGACCUUCAGGAGACAAUAGAGUGGAAAGACAAAAAAAUAGGGGCACUAGAGAGGCAGAAAGAUUUCUUUGAUUCCAUAAGGAGUGAGCGGGAUGACCUUAGAGACGAAGUGGUUGUGCUGAAGGAGCAACUGAAGAAACAUGGAAUAAUCCCAGACUCUGAUAUAGCCACCAACGGGGAGACAUCAGACAUCCUGGAUAACGAAGGACACUUGGAUUCUUCCCGAACUGUUCCAGGCACCACUCAGGCAUUAAAGACAGGCGGGGAGGGGAUGCUAGGCAAAGCCAAUGAAGUGGAGAUGAAAAAUGAGAUUUUGGAGGAUGUGGGGAAAAGAGAAAUCUUGCAGAAUACUGAGCAUGAGGAACACAAAGAGGAGUCUGAGGAGGAGGAGGAAAUACAGACAUUGCAUGCUGCUGAAAAGGCAAAGGCAGAACGAAUGGUUGAAGAACGGGACGCCCUGCCAACGGCGAUGAUACCAGAGAGUAGGUUUGCAGAGCAAGCCCAAAGCCUCACAGAACCUGUGUCAGGGAGCCCUUCUCCAAACAGUGACGGUGCCACAGAUGGCGUGAGAAAGGGCACAGAGCGCGGGGGCACAGCAGUCCAGCAGCCUGAGAGUACAGAGGCUGAACCCCGUGACUUGAGCGUAAGGACAAAUGAGAACCUGGAGCUGGGCUCUCUGCAAGGCUCCCAGGUUUCUGAGACUCCUCAGGAAACGUUUUGUGACUCAGGUACAGAGCAGGAGCUGGGAGAAGCCGCAGCCAGCCAGGAAGAACAAGAGGAUCUUGAAAGCAGCCCUGCCCUGAGUGAUCAUGAAAUGGAUGGAGGAUCCGACACUACAAGUGAGAGCAGUGAGUUGGUUUCUAACCAGGCAGGGCUACCUGAGGGAGCAGUGGCAGGCUUGCUUAGGGAGGAGGGAGAUGUGGAGAGUUCCACUCCAGAGGAACCCCAGCACUCAGAAGAAAGUGCUGAAAACAAGGUAGCAAAUGUCCUGGAGGAAAAGUUUUUUGACUGCACUGAUGGAAGAAGUGAUAGAACAGCAGGUGACAGAGCUGAAGAAGAUGAUGAGGUUGGGAACACAGUUCAGGGUCAGCCAAGGGAACCUGAGUCUGUGGGUUUGGAGGAGACAGAGCCACGUGACAGGGAUGUCCCAGCAGAGCCACUUGAAAAGGAAGGUGGAGAGCAUCAGGCAUGCAUCCCACCAGCUUCUUCAGAGGACAGUCCUUCAGCAGCCCCAGAGGAACCAAGUACACAAGGUAAAACUGAAGAUGGAACGGCUACAGCUGAGAAGGACGGACAGAAGGAAGAAUUGAUGGAAGAGCUGGAGGAGUGUUCAGGUUCUGCCGAAACAGGCGAGCAAGGUGUGGCAUCUGUGGAGGCAGGAGGCUGCAUUCCCAAGGGAAAGGGAGCUGAGCUGCAGCAGGCUCAGCCAGCAGCAGAGGCUGUGAGAGAGGUGACCACUCAGGAAACCCGUUUAGACCCAAAUCUUUCAGAUGAUGAAAUUAAGCAGUCAGAGUUGGAAACAGGGGAUGAGGCUGGGGAAGGACAGGAAAGUAGGACAGAAUGGGGAGAAGAUUGGAAUCCAAAGGGGGAGGUUCAAACAAGUCAGUGCAGUGAAGAAAAAGCAGGUGGUACAGAAGGAGAGGAAAACAUUCCUUCAGAGGGUAAAGUGCAGAAGGUGGUUAAACAAGUAGAAGGUGAAUCUAAAGAGGAGUCAGGUGUAGGUGUUAUUGUGACUACUGAAAACAAAGCCAAUGAAGGAGCACUGAAAGAAAAUGAGCAAGAGGUAGAGCUUGCAGACCACCCUGGUGGGGAAUUUGCUUCUGAGGAAGGUGCAAAUAAUGCUCUGGCACAGAAGUCUCUGCAAAAUGACAACAUUAGUGAACAAGUUAAACUGGAGGAAGAUGUAGAUAAUUCCCUGGCAGAGAAACCUGUGCAGGAUGAAAAUAUCAGUGAGCAAGUUAAAUUGGAGGAAGGUGUAGAUAAUUCCCUGGCAGAGAAACCUGUGCAGGAUGAAAAUAUCAGUGAGCAAGUUAAAUUGGAGGAAGGUGUAAAUAAUUCCCUGGCAUGGAAGCUUGUGCAGGGUGACAACAUUAAUGAACAAGUGAAACCGGAGGACCAAGCAGAGGAAAGCCUGGAAGAUGAUGGUGAUGCAUUUGAUUUUGAUGAAGAGUCAAAUCAAAUACUAGAAUCUGAUGAAAAAUGUGAAGGGGAUGAAGCUGAUACAUGGGCAGAGGAGGGUGAUGGAGCAAAUGGUGCUGUUGGAAAAACUGCCCACACGGACAAAGCUGGAGAGGGAACAGACAAAACGGAAACCAAAGAUGCCUUGACCAAAGGUGAAGUCCUGCAGCAUAAAAAAGAUGAGCCUGAAGAAACAGGGUGCUUGCAAGGGGAAGCAUCAGGGAAAACUGAUGAGGAGGCUGAUGUGGAGGAAGAUGAAAUCAAAGUAUCAGAUUCUAGUAAAGUGGGAAAAUUACAGGAUCGAGAUGUUUUGGAACAGGAUUUGGAAAGUGCUUUUAUUAAGAGGGCUGAAAGCAGGGAGGAUUUGCAGGUUGGUAGAAGGAGUAAGAGUAGAUCCAGAGAUGACUGUACAAUCUCCUGAGUACAGAAUCUCAAACCUACAUGGGUUCCAUGCCCUGUGAGCAGUCCCAGGAUACAAACAUGCACUUUGAACAAGACAUCAGACCUUGGAAUACUCUUAGAGCUUUGUCUUUGUAGGUAACUCAGCAUAAAGCACGGAUAUGGUAAUGGUGCAAGUAUUAAGUUAUUCACUGUUGUACCCAGCCACAAGAAAUCGUGAGGGUGUCUCAGGUUGAAAGGUUAUCACCUAAUGAGGCAGCUUCACGACUUGACCAUUCAAACUAUUAUUCAGUUAAAGUACCUCUAGUGUGGAUAGCUGCUCCUGGGGAAUUUCUGUAGGAUUUUUUUUUUUUUUCACUCUAGCCUAGUUGAUCAAUAUCUUGAAUGUACAAUGGGCCUUUGUGAACUUUUGCACAUUAUGCUUACUUGUACUUCGAUCUACAGCAAGUGCAUUAACUCUUCAUGAAGGAACUCAGCAGAUCAGCCACACUGAUGGUGAAACUUCUUUCAGAAUGAUUAAAGCCUGUGAACCAAUCUCUUCCUUUUUUAAUACGAAGAAAAAAGAUCUUUUCAUUCCACUGUGGGUGUAUUUCUUAUAUGGUCAUAUUCCAAAAUAUAGUUAGAUCACUGUGAAUCUGCUUAGUCUGAGCACUUUGGGAGAGCAAUACACAGUUUGGAGAAAGUGCAACAUACAGGUCUUAGUUUGCUGAAAGAAUAAAUAUAUACGUGUUUACUUCAUCUAAGCACUUUGCACCACAAUAGGCCUUUUAUACCAUGUCUCACAUGGGGGUUUUAUUUUUUCCAGAGAAAGUGUCAAUACACACUGUAAUGUGUGCUUAGGUUUUCUAUCAAGUACUGUCUAGAUAUGAAUAUAUAAAAUAUCUAUUUUUCCAAGAAGAUUUUUGUUUAAAAUUGCAUUUGCUUACUGCUUUUUUUUUUUUUUUUUUUUUUUGCAAACUCUGAUUCUGAAAGAAUGUUUUUAUCUCUGAAACAAAUCUUGUCUCUUCCCUUCUGGGAAGGAGAUAACUUUGCAUGUCUUAACUCUUGCUGGAUAUCAGACCAAAGAGGACUGUUGUUUUGUGUACUAGCCCCACUGUGUCUUUUGGAAAAGCUGGAUUGCUUUGAAUUGCUGGCAUAAAUUAGGCUCUUGGACUCCCUUGCUGUAUUUCCUCUUGCAUCUCUGCUAGUGCUUGGGAAGAGAGCAUGUUUUGCAUAUAUAAAUAUUCAUUUAAAGUGUUAAGCAGUGAAUGGCCAAGGGAAUGCAGAUCGAAGGGGGGAGUGGGCUAUGGAACACAUUUGUGUUAUGUUACAAAGUUGUCAGAGCGCAGACAGACUGCAAAAUUUGAAGAUGUAUAUCAAAAUGUACUGCUGUAUGUAAUUUAAAUAAACAUAUUUUAUACUUUAAAAUA